AUGGCUUGGGAUGGCGACGCUUCUUUUCGAUCCCUAUAUCCAUGGAAAGGACACAUACAGCUAGCGCCUCUACCUUGUCCAGCGGAAAUCAUUCUAGUUAUUUUGGGGAUUUUCGUUUACAUUGCUUUAUGAACAAUACAAAAUUUGUAAAUGACAUUUGAUCGGAGUCGAUAAGUAGGAUUUCUUUUAUUAAUUACAUCGGUUAUAGACAGAUGCCUAUAGAGUUCUGUGUCCCUAAAACGUCAAAAACCAGGCGACGCGAUCGACAAUUGGCGUCGCUAACCAGGGAUAUGCAAAUGUAUGCUAGUGUAUCAACCUAUCUAUUCUACAACCGUGGUGUGGACUGUGGCAUUUUUAUAACCAUGACUCCGCGAGACUAGAAGUGAGGUUAAACUGUUGCGAGAUAAGAUUUAUGGUUGCGAGACGGUGGAAAGUGGUUUAAAUGAAAGUGAGAUUAAGACGAGUUAGAAGGUUGUUGAAAAAUUUAUUUCUUAUUUUGCUAAUUAAGUGCAAGAACAGAGUAAGUGACGCGAAUAAUCUCUUCCAAAAUUAUAACAGAAAGCAAAAUUUAAUCUGUCAAAAUGUAUUCAACUUUCCGCAUACUCACAUAUUAUUUAACAAUUACCAAAACUUAUUUAAGAAAUUAGAUUGUCACUGUACAAAUUUGACCUAAAUAUCUAUUUACUCAGUCACAUUUAAUUGUUUAGUCCCUUCCAAACUCAUUUUUUAGGGUUUACCAGCAUUUUAGAUUAUUAUGUAUGCUAUAGCCUCCUUAUUGAAGAAAGUGUUUCUAUUAGGCAUAUUAUUUUUCCUCGGCAGCAGUGAAGGUGGGCCAAAUAACUUGCACAUUCAUGAUGGUGCAACAACAGCAGAAAUUAUAGCUGGUGAUAUUUUUUUUGAAAUUAUUGAACCUGUAGAGUUAGAGUAUACUUACCGCAUCAGACCUGCUAAAGAUUUUGGAGCACCUUUUAAUGAGUCAUUUUAUAUAGAACAUGUGCCACUUGUGCCUAUUCAACCGAAAUUUGGUUGUACAACUCCUAAUAAUAUUGAAGAUAUUGAAGGAAAUGUUGCUUUAAUUGAAAGAGGGGAAUGUUCAUUUAAAAUGAAAGCCAUAAUUGCGGAAAAAGCAGGAGCCCAAGCAGUAAUAAUCACAGACGUUUCAAAACCAACUGAAGAAUAUUUUAUUGAAAUGAUUGAUGACGAUUCAGCCGAUGAAGUAAACAUUCCGGCAGCAUUUUUGAUGGGUAAAAAUGGAAUUAUGAUAACAACAACUUUACAGCAAUUAAAACGAUCUUAUGCAAUUAUUAAUUUACCUGUAAAUUUAACUUUUACACCUGUGCAUGAGAUGAAUCAGCCACCAUGGCUGGGUUGGUAAUAGUGCCGAUUGCCGCCUUUGUUUUUACUUGUAGCAAUAUUUUGUGAUUGUUGUAUAACAUCUGAAGAAGUUAUUGGUUCCUUUAAUGCUGCGUUAGUUCUUCUUUUAUAUAUAUAUAUAUAUAUAUAUAUAUAUAUAAAUGUUCAUUGAGGAGUUAUUUAGUGUUAAGUUUUAGAAAUUUUUUGCUGGCCCGCCAUCUGUAAUUAACAUACAUGCGUUUAGUUACGUUUAUAAUUUUACAAAUGGCAACAGGGAAAAGAGGGGGAUUUUAGAAUAAGUUACGAAAUUUGGACAAAUAAAGUAGGAUUUGACUUCAGCAAAAACUGAAAGUAUAUAGUUAUUUUUACUUCACAAAUAUGUGGUUGACCAAUUUGACUUUAAAAAUUAUUUUCCAUACAUACAAAAAUCUGUUCAAAAUCAAAAUGUUACUUUACAAUGUAUGCACCAUAACAUAUAUACAACUAUAAUAUUCCACAUUUCAUGGCGCCUUUACAGUUUCUGUGUUACAUACAAGAAUGGCUUUGAAAAAUUGCAAAUUAUGUGAGAAUUUCAUUUUAGGGUCAACGAAAAUGACCAAUAUUUUAAUAUAUGUAAUAUCUUGGUCUUAAAGAACAAAGGUUUUUUUUUGAUAAAUUUUUAUUUGUUGAUAAAAUCCUUCCACAAAAAUAAAUACUACAGUAUAUUUCUUCAUUUUAAAGUAUUAUGUAUUUCUGAAGGGUCAACCAAAAAACUGGCCAUCGUACAUAAAUUGAAAAAUGUGAUUAUAGCAAAAAAUAUAUAAUUGUUGUGUUAUGGAAAAUAGAAAAGGUAAAAUAUGUAAGAAUUUUUUUCAGGAGAAACCAAAUUCAGCACAAUUAGGUAUAAAGUUAAAUUUAUGACUAUGAUUUAUACAUCGUACAGGUUCAAGUUGUGAUAUGUCUAAUUUACUGUAAAACGUACCUGAAUUUUUGUACCGUACCUUUAAAAAAGUAAUCCGCCAUACUAUUUCAUUUGAUUAAUUUUAUCCUAUGGUUCUUCCUAAUUCAUUUGAGCAAAACUGUAUUUUCUAUGUUAACUUUUCAAUGAACAAAAUAAAGGAAACGAUGUUGCGUGUUCCCUAAGAACGUAAAACAUUUUAACAUAUAAAGGAAAUUAUACAGCACAAUAAGAUUAGUCCAGAAUUCUACUUCAUAAAACAACGAACUGAUUAAUAAUUAAGAAUAAUAUUGAAAUUUCUGUGACUUAAGUAAUUAAUUUCAACUUAAAACUAACAUGAAGUGUAAUAAGUACUUCUUUGACCAAUUUCUUAAACAAAACAUGGCCUUUUAGUACAUACCCAUGUUUGUUAAAUGUGUGUAUUUACGGUACGGUUCAACAGAUUUUCCCAUUAGUUAAAAAAAUUACGUGGAACUGACCAAAAGAGAAUAUUCUGUCGAACAGUACUAGGUGUUUUAUUUUUUGCCAUGAAACUUGCUCAUCUCUAGUCACAUUGUUGGCAAUAAAUUUUGUAAACGUUUACUGUUACUGUUGCUCUCGUUUGUAAGUAAAAUAAUUUAUUCAAUAAAGUGUAUUCAAAGACUUGGAA